AUGGCACGAACAGUGCUGCCAAAGGUGCGGAGCUCCCACUACCUCAGCCUUCCUCAGGGAGGUCUCUGUCAGGUCACCUAUGUUUGGAUCGAUGAAUCUGGGGAGAGCCUUCGGUGCAAAACGCGAACCUUGGAGUCUGAACCCAGCAGUAUUGAGGAUAUUCCAGAGUGGAACUGUGUGUUCGUUAGCCACCCUGUGACUCUCAACACCAUGAUCCUUGUUCCUGUAUGUAUAUUCAGAGACCCUUUUAUUCUGGACCCCAACAAACUGGUACUAUGUGAAGUGCUCAAGAUCAACCGCAAACCUGCAGACACUAACCAUCGGCAUGCCUGUAAGAAAAUCAUGGAGAAGGUGAAGGAUUCCAUACUGUGGCUUGGGAUGGAGCAGGAGUAUACUCUGCUGGGGAUAGAUGGACGUCCAUACUCCUGGCCAUCAAACAGUUACCCCAAACCACAGGGACCAUAUUAUUGUGGAGUGGGUGCAGAUAGAGCUUAUGGCAGAGACAUUGUAGAGUGUCACUAUAAAGCAUGCAUUUAUGCAGGCAUCAAAAUUUGCGGUACCAAUGCUGAGGAGAUGCCUUCUCAGUGGGAAUUCCAGGUGGGUCCAUGUGAAGGAAUUGUAGCAGGAGAUCACUUGUGGAUGGCACGCUUCCUAUUGCACAGAGUGUGUGAAGACUUUGGUGUAAUUGCUUCUCUGGACCCCAAACCCAUCCCAGGGAACUGGAAUGGAGCUGGCUGCCACACUAACUUCAGCACUGUGGCCACUAGAGCAGAAGGAGGGCUGGAGCAUAUUGAGAUGAUCAUAGAAAAAUUACGCGCACGUCAUGUCCAGUACAUCCGAGUCUCAGAUCCUCAUGGUGGGCAGGACAACCAGAGGAGACUUACUGGCUUAAACGAGACCUCCAACAUCCAUGAGUUUUCAGCUGCUGUGGAUAGUCAUGAUGUCAGCAUCCGCAUUCCACUGCAAGUUAGCCAGGACAAGCGUGGAUACUUGGAGGAUCGCCGGCCUGCCGCCAACUGUGACCCAUAUGCUGUGACCGGUGCUAUUGCUCAGACCUGCCUAAUGGAGGAUGAGGAGGAAGAUCUCCUGAGUGACCUGGAUAUUAAUCAUUUGGAGUAAAUCACACCAUAUAACACUAAACACAGGUUUAUCGAUAUAUGUGUGCAUAUGUUACAAAAGAGAUGCAUGCUAUUUAAAGCAUACUUAAGAGUUUAAUAAAUUAAACUGUUUAAAUUUAAAAUGUCAAAGUUUGGGUAAUUUGGAUGCAUAUACAUUUCAUUUUAAAUACCAUUUUCUUGCCAUACCAUUUUCAGAUUUCAAUAUACAGGAGGUAUAACUGAAAUUCUCAACACAACAAAGUCAUGAAGCUAUAUCAAAUCAUAUAUUUCUUGCAGUGUCAUUCACAAGCUUUUGAUAAAACAAUAUGUAUAACAAAUACAUGUGUAAUAAAAAUGGACAAUGUUCAGCUAUUUUAAUAGCAAAUCUAUAGUUUUCUGGCCAACAAUGACAGCUGAUAUCACUGCAGAACUCCUAACAUGCUCAGUUUGCAACAGCACAAAGGCAUAUCAACCGAAAGAACCAUUAAAGCCAUACCCUGUUCCAGACCUGCCUUGGUCUACUGUGCAAACAGAUAUGUUCGAAUGGCAUGGCCAAAACUACCUGGUGCUUG